AUGCCCUUUGUGAUCCGGCCACCAUCCUUCUCUGCCGACUGUUCCGAUCUAAUCCCCAUCACAAACCCUGACGAUGACGAGAAGUCAAUGUUGCGCGACCUGUGGGGCUGGGGAUGGGAUGUCACACAAUGCGAACUCGACGAUGACGAAUACGUCGACGCGUUGCGAGAGUUGAGGUGGAGUUUGGAGAAGCACCGGCAGGGCGAUUUGGUGGGUGAGGAAGGUGGACGAACCUUGAAGCAGAUAUGGGCUAGGGAGGGGAAGAAGAGCGUGCGUGUGACUGGGGAGGGAGAUAUACAUGGUGUUGAGGAGGCGGAUAGGGAAGGGUGUAGUGGUGCCGGUGCCGGUGCCGGUGCUGAACUCGACAGAGAGGAGUAUGUAUACGAUGACGAGUGGGAGAACGAAUCCUUAUACGACGUCUCCCAGGAGAAACAAGCACCCAUACAAAACCAUCCGCCUACCAUCGACCCCGAAAUUGCCCGUCAACAAGACUUCUUCUCGCGUCUCCGCCACGGCGAACAGCUGGUACGAUCACACAUCCAAAAGACGCAACGACUCUCGCAGGAUCCCGGACGAGACUUAUACCAUCAGAACGAGAUUGAACAUCCGAUCCGCAUUUCAAACCCCCUAGCCAAAUACUACAAGUACCCAAGACCAAGUAUCAUCAAGACGAACAUCUCGCCCUCGAAACCCUCGCCCUACAUACCGCGCUAUGUAUACAAGUCCCGUGCGCCUCGCCCCAAGCCCAAACAUCCAUCCUCCCAACCAACAAUGUGCUGCUACACAUUCCGGCUCCACCGACCGCGCCCCCGAACAGCGUCGCAGAAGGCAGGCCGGAGAGUCUCCACCGCACAACCCCGCCCCGCAACCCAAAUACCCGCUCACUACUUCUCUCCUCCACAGUCCUCCGCGCCAUACACACGCCAGCAAAUUCCCCUUCUCCCCACCGCCCCAUACGAACUAGACAUCCAGUACACACUCCUCUUCCCAAACGAACAUCGCACCGUGCAGGAAUACUUGCGUUCGUACCGCCCCAUGGUGCGGGCCGAGCAUGCUACUGCCCCGCCAUUGGAGCGUGCGGGGCUUGGCGAGGAUCCGUAUGGGUGGCUUGCGUGGGAUGGGCAGAGGGAGAGGGAGAGGGAACGGGAGAGGGUUGUGGAGGAGAGGAUGAAUAGGGUGAGGGGGAAGAGUGGGAGGGUGCUUAGAAAGGAGAGAUAG